GCUCACGAUACUCACUCUCUCUCUCCUUCGUCUGCUCCGAAUUUCUCAUCCCUCUUCCGUCGUCUCUGAUUUAUUUGACUUCGAGAAUAUUGCCAUGAACUGAUUUGGACUGAAGAGAACAAGAGUUGUAACUAAAGAUGUCUAGAAGAUAUGAUAGCCGCACUACGAUCUUCUCCCCUGAAGGUCGUCUGUACCAAGUUGAGUAUGCAAUGGAAGCGAUUGGUAAUGCAGGUACUGCAAUUGGAAUACUGUCAAAGGAUGGCGUUGUCCUGGUUGGUGAAAAGAAGGUAACAUCCAAGCUCCUGCAGUCCUCAACUUCCACUGAAAAGAUGUACAAGAUUGACGACCAUGUCGCUUGUGCCGUGGCUGGAAUAAUGUCGGAUGCCAACAUACUGAUAAAUACUGCUAGGGUUCAGGCUCAGCGCUACACCUAUGCAUACCAAGAGCCAAUGCCCGUUGAGCAGCUAGUUCAAUCACUUUGUGAUACCAAGCAAGGCUACACACAGUUUGGUGGCCUCCGACCCUUUGGUGUUUCGUUCUUGUUUGCAGGAUGGGACAAAAACUUUGGUUUCCAGCUUUACAUGAGCGACCCUAGUGGUAACUAUGGUGGUUGGAAAGCUGCAGCAAUUGGUGCCAACAACCAAGCAGCACAAUCGAUGCUUAAACAGGAUUACAAGGACGAUAUGACAAGGGAAGAGGCGGUCCAGCUGGCGCUCAAGGUUCUCAGCAAGACUAUGGACAGCACCAGUCUUACUUCUGAUAAACUUGAACUGGCUGAGGUCUUCCUUUCGCCUUCUGGAAAUGUGAAGUACCAAGUCUGCUCACCGGAAGCUUUGAGUAAGUUGUUGGUGAAGUCUGGAGUGACCCAACCGGCUGCAGAGACUUCCUAAGUCGCUUUUUACCUUUUUCUUUAUACUAGAAAGGUUGGACUUUCUCUUUGGUAGAUUGUUUUGCAGUGGAAAUGGAUUGUGAGAACAUUUACCAAUGCUUGAUGGAUUGUCUUUUAAGUCUGC